AUGGAGCUGCACCUCUCGCGACACAAGAGCCAUCCGGACGAGACGGACGACUUCCUGGCUGCGCCGAAUAGAACACUGAGUCCAGGCGAAUACCAGACGAAAUCAAAGCCAUCAUUUUUCUCCGAUGACCUUCGUCGCUUGUCAAUAAGUCCGGCCCCCAGCGCACGACUAUCGCCAGUCCCUCAUGGACCGUACGUUCCGACGGGAGUGUAUCAGUCUCCCUCCGAAGCGUCGUCGUCUCGGCUGAAGCAGUUUUGGAUAAGGAACAAGCCAUCCAUCCUCGUCGCCGUCUCCCAGUUCUUCGGGGCUUUGAUGAACCUCAGCGCUCGACUGCUGGAGCUGGACGGCGAUGGCAUACACCCGGUGCAGGUCCUUCUCCUCCGACAAGGGCUCACGUCACUCUGCUGCUUCGUGUAUAUGUGGUGGAAGAAUGUCCCCGACUUCCCUUUCGGUAAGAGGGAAAUCAGAUGGCUCUUGAUGCUGCGAGGCUUUUCGGGCUUCUUUGGCAUAUACGGCAUGUGGUACUCGAUGAUGUACCUGCCACUCGCCGAUGCCACCGUGAUUACCUUCCUGGCUCCUGGAGUAGCUGGCCUGUUGUGCUACUUUGCCCUCCGCGAGCCCUUUACGAAAGCCGAGCAAAUCGCCACUCUCGUAGCCCUUCUGGGCGUCGUCCUCAUUGCCCGGCCGGUGUCCUUGUUCAUGGGCCUCUCUUCGUCCAAAGAUCAAGUGGUCGACGCUCCCGAGCAGUUGGACGGGGCUUUGCCCGGCCUUGAGGAUGAUGAGCCCACCGCCGAGCAACGACUGCUCGCCGUCGGCGUUGCGCUUCUCGGCGUCUUGGGAGGUGCUGUUGCGUUCACGACCAUCCGUUCCAUUGGCAAACGUGCCCAUCCCUUGAUUUCGGUCAACUACUUCGGCAUGGCGUGCACCAUCAUCUGCGUGCUCGUCCUGGUCCUCGCGCCGGCUCUGGACAUUGGCCAGCCCUACCUGAGGUGGAUCACGCCAACGUCGUGGAAGGGCUGGUUUCUGCUCCUCUCGAUCGCAGUGCCCGGCUUCAUCAUGCAGUACCUCCUGACUUCGGGGCUGGCGGCCGACACGUCCAACAGGGCGAAUGCCAUGAUCUACACGCACAUGCUGUUCGCAGUGAGCUUCGACCGGUGGAUAUUCGGCCACAGCAUGGACGUGAUGAGCUUCGCUGGGUGCGCACUCAUCCUGGGCAGUGCCAUCACCGUCGUUUUGACGAAGAAGCCGCCUGCUAAGACGGUUAAUGAUAUCGAGAGACUUGAGAAUGUAGAGGGAGAGGCAGAAGGGUCUCCCAUGCUUGUCGAUACAGGAGGAAAUGGUGAAGGGAUAGACGCCAGGAGGACCUGA